AUGGAUGAGCCAAGUCCGAAUCUUAUCAAUAUGGAAGAUGACGAUAGUAAUCACUUAGAACCGGAUCCUUUUCCAGGACGAUUCCCAGUAAUCACUAAUGAAGUAUAUAGAGUGUUUUAUGAGCAGGCUACUGAGGUAUCCUUCGACAAUAUGACGAAGCAUCAGAGAGGCAUCUCUCAGCAGCAUCUACAUGCUCAGACAGCCUAUUACGAAUUAAGAGCUAAAGUAGCACACUUGACACUCAACGGUACUCCAAAACAGGAAGAUGUCGAUAAGCAAGCAGAAGAACUUGAAAAGUGGCUCGAAGAAUCACUCAAAGAAUUUUUAACCCCCAUGCGAGAAUCCCACGAGAGAAAACUUGAAAAUUUAAACAUUGAAGCAUCUCUAAAAAAGCAUCGAGAUCUUUUAAAAAUAAUGCCUCAAACGCCCAAGGAAAUAGAAGAUAUUCGUCUAAUGUUCAACUUAUCCGAAAGGCGCGAACAACUGAAGGCACAACUUUUAAAGUUAGAAGCACGUUUGCAGUACAAGUCUCCUCCCCCUGGUU